CUGGCACUCAAAGGGUACUGCACCCUUGCCAUGCCACUCUGUGGAGCAUCUGUAUGUGGAAUCAAGGGACAGAGUGUCUGAGUCACUUGCUUUCCAGAGAAUGUUUGCAUUUAAAGCAUGACAUCUGACUGCUACCCUGUUACCCUCUGUCCAGCAAUGCUGGCCACCACUGUGAUGGAGGUGAAGACUCUGAGCAACACCAUCCAGGAAGGAGAGCUUCACAGGUUUUGCUAAACUCUCUUUUUAGUGCCCUCCUCAUACACCUGAAAUUUGACCUGGGUACCUAUCUUUCUACACCUCAAUCUGAGGGAGCUAAUGGGAAUCCACCUAUUGAACAUGUAUCCCGUGUUUCUCCUGGCCAGAGAAAUAACAAUUCUACCUCCCAUCAGAAACUUUACUUAUUGCUAAGAUGCCAAGCCAAUGAAGCAUUCUCACAGUCUGUAUGUCUCACAACAGAGUAUGAAUAGAGAUUACCCAGCGGGCUAUGGUCUCACAUUAAAGUCUGCUAUCCCAUAGUCCCAGAGAGCCUAUUUUGAUGUUUCAGACUAUGUGUUCUGCUUGGUGUAAGAGACGCAUUCAUUGAGUCCACAGGUGAUAAGGCAAAUGCCCAACUGCUCCCUGAAGGAGAGUCUUUACAGAGCCUCAACAGGCCUCCAGUCUUCAGUCCCUCUUAACUGAAGUGCCCAUACCUCUAGAUAGCAAUGCACACACCCAGGCACCACCCAGCACCUAGCACUCAGAUGGUGGCACACUGAUACCCAACACAGACACACAGAUAAAUAUGUACAUUCCUCCGCUCAUGCUGCCACACACAAAAGGCAUCCAACUAAGUGCCCACUCUCGGUCUGGACAGAGCCAACACCAAAUAGCAUUAGCAUGCCUUCCCCCAAACAGGGGAACUUUUGAACUCUUUCCUUGGAUCUCAUUCAAAGGAAUAGAGAACAGAGAGAGUCAUCAGAUGCCUGGUCACUCCAACUUCCCAGCAUGUCUCUUAUCUCUGCUUCACAAGUCACCCCUGGCCCCUCAUCCUUCCCUUGCUGGAAAGACCCUUGGUUUCUUCCUUGCCACCCUUGGGAAAUUUUCCCUUUUGUGGACCUCACCAUGUUCUUUUCCUGAGGUCAUUCUGAUCAGCCAAAUCCAGCUUCAAAACAGGAAGCUCCAGGACAGGGCCCUAUGCUAGCCCAAGGUUUAAGAAGGCAGUAGGUGUGAGGCUGAGCUUCCUGAGUGUGAUCCUGAAUGCACACACACUCCAGCUCUGCCUAGAACCUGAGAGAAUUUAUCAGCCCUGGGCACUUAUCUUGGAGCCACAGCUGUGACAGAGUGCAGGCCCUGUACUCUACUGCCCUGAGUCUGAAGUGCCAUGGGGAACUGUCUGCACCCGGUGGAUACCCUUUCACUAGACAAGAAUGAAACUCAGCUUACUGUCGAAAGCUGGGAUGAUUUGUAUGAAGAUUACGCCUCCUAUGAAUUCCUAAGUGACUACAACCAGACAGAAGCUGCUCCCUGCUACUCCUGUAGCCUGCUGGACAGUUCUUCACUGCCCUUCUUCAUUCUCAUCAGUGUCCUGGGCAUGCUGGCAAGUGGUGGCAUCCUCUUCACGAUCCUCAGACCUUUCUUCCACUGGCAGAUUUGCCCCAGCUGGCCCAUUCUGGCACAGUUAGCAGCGGGCAGUGCCCUGUUCAGUAUUGCGGUGCCCAUCCUGACACCAGGCUUAUACAGUGCCCACAGCACAGCCCUGUGCAGCCUGGGCUACUGGGUCUGGUAUACUUCUGCUUUUGCCCAGGCUCUGUUGAUAGGAUGCUAUGCCUGCCUGAACCCCAGACUGAAUAUCCGUCAAUUCCCUGGCCUCACCUUGGCACUCAGUGUGGGACUUUGGGCAGCAGCUGCUCUCUUAGGGAUACCAGUCGCUCUGGCUAGUGAUGUCUAUAAUGGCCUCUGCACCUUUCCAUUGUACCGUGACACGGAAGCUUUGAAGUACGCGCAUUCUGCCAUCUGUUUUAUCAUCUUCACUGUAUUGCCACUGAUUCUUCUGGCAGCCAAGGGGCUGAAAACAGCAUUGAGCAAGGGGCCAGGCCCCUGGGUUAGUGUCUUGUGGGUCUGGUUCAUUUUCUGGUGGCCUCAUGGGAUGGUUCUCAUAUUUGAUGCCUUGGUGAGGUCCAAAGUCAUGCUUUUGCAUACAUGUCAAUCCCAGAAGAUUCUUGAUGCAAUGCUGAACGUGGCAGAAGCCCUGAGUAUGCUGCACUGUGUGGCCACACCACUGCUCCUGGCCCUGUUCUGCCACCAGACCACCCGCAAAUUCUUGCCCUCACUCUCCCUCCCUGCAAGACAGGCUUCUCAAAUGGAUGCCCUUGUAGGCAAGUCGUAGUUUUUUUUUUCUCCCCACAUGUCAACUUAAAUUAAAGUCUAUACUGCUUUUAUGAA